UACUUGAAGGAAUCUCUCUUUGAUGUAUGCAACGAUUCGAGACGUGGUCCGAACUUGGGUCAUGUGGUGACUAAGCUAGCCGAGCACUUCCGGGUCCAGACCGACGAACCCAAACUCCUCCCUAUUUGGAUUUCCCAAAAGGACCUUUUUCGAGCCGACUUCCUCAUAGACGAUAACACUCCGCGCCUGGUCACUCAGAGAGAGUGUUACAAGGUUUAUUUGAGGGAGAUGGGUCUACCCGUGCCGGACGACCAGUCCCAGCCGACUGCAGGUACAUCAUCUGGUCCAGCUCCUGCGGACUCUCAUGAUGACGAUGGGACGGCUACGGAGGCCGGAGAGCACCCCGCUCAGCACACUAUUCUGCCUCUCCCGUCGAUGGACGCGCACACGGUGCAUUUUCCCAGUCGGCAGCUCCGGCUUGGUUCUCUGCGUAUGAGGCCCGGAAUGAUGCACGUUGGGUUUCGUUCGUGGAGUCUAACGACAGGCGUUGGGCGGAGCAAACCAGACAGUGGAACAAGUUCGUACAGAUUAAUGCAGAACAUAGGACGGCCCAUGACAACCGAUGGGAUACGUGGGCGGAGUGGCAGUAUCAACAGUGGAGCACCUGGGACUCUCGUUUUAGCCAGUGGGAUACCCGCUGGA